AUGAAGCUUGAACCGCGCCAUAUCCAGAACUUCUCCGAGGCAGCCUACCUCGAGCCGCACUGGGGCUAUGCCGACCGUGCAAGACCAUGCACCAACGACCCGGGCUCGUGCGAGUACCUCGACGUGGUCUACAGUGCCCACGACCGCGGCAUGAUAUACACGGGCAUCUUCUGGCUGACCAUUGGCGGCAUCAUCCUCGUCUGGGCUGCCGCGCGACGCCUAUUCCCUGCCCGCGAUGCUCACGACGACCUCAUCGCGCAGCUGGCGUCUUCUGACCCAGAGAAAUCGCCACCCCCUCCCCAGUCCCGGACCGCUCGUCUCUUCAACUCCAUGCGUUCCGCGAGCCGUCGAUAUCUCCUUCCGAACGCCCCAUUUCCCUUCAUCUUCGGCCACACAACCCGUUUGCAGCUGCUGAUCCUGGCCAUCCUCACCGGCUACCUGACCGUCUGGUCCUUCGUCGGCAUGGUGUACAAGCGCUGGUUGACCCCGAUCAAGAAUCAACCCCCAGAUGUAUACAACACACGCUCUACACUGGGUCCGUGGGCCGAUCGCGUCGGUGUCCUGGCCUACGCGUUGACCCCUCUUUCUGUGCUCCUCGCCAGCCGCGAGUCGCUCCUCAGCAUCAUGACAGGCGUCCCCUACACCAGCUUCCUCUUCCUGCACAAAUGGGUUGGUUACAUCAUCCUCGUGCAAAGCUUGCUGCAUACCUUGGGCUGGGUCCUGGUCGAGGCAUGGCUGUACCGUCCGCAGCCCCAGGUGUGGAACACCUGGAUUGCGCAGGACUAUGCUCGCUGGGGAGUCGUGGCUUUGGUGCUGCUUGUGCUGCUCUGGAUCGGCACGCUCGGUGUGGUCGUGCGUCGCGUCACGGGUUAUGAGUUCUUUCGGAAGGCUCACUAUGUUCUUGCCAUGGUGUACAUCGGGGCAUUGAUUGGUCAUUGGGAGAAGCUGCAGUGCUUUUUGGUGCCAGGUCUGGUCCUCUGGGGCGCUGACAGGAUUGCUCGUGCAGUGCGGACUGCGUUGUUGCAUCAUGGAUACCUGAAGAACAGUGGGAGAUGGGGUUUCGAGUCGGUGGAGGCCGUUGUGAAGCACUGGAAGGACGAACAGUUCGGAGAUGUGGUCAGAUUGGACUUCGACCACGUCCAGGCGCCGUGGAAGAUUGGUCAGCACUUUUUCAUCUGCUUCACUGAAGGCAGCAUCUGGCAGAGCCACCCGUUCACCCCUCUGUCUCUUCCUGUUACCGAUACCGUGGGCAAGGUCCGCCAUUCGUAUAUCUUCCGUGCCAAGAAGGGUGAAACGAAGAGAAUUGCCAACAUUGUGGCUAAGAAGGUCGCUGCUGCCACGAAAGAGACCGCUGUCACCACGAAUGUCAUCCUUCAGGGUCCCUACGGAGUCGACGUGACCGAAGGGCUUAUUCAGGAUGUCAACGUAUUGUGUGUUGCUGGCGGUACCGGCAUUACUUACGUGUUGCCAGUUCUGUUGCGUUUAGUGCGCGGUCCAGUGGGCACGACAGGGAGGAAGAUUGAGCUGGUUUGGGCGAUGAAGCGGAAACGAGACCUGGAAUGGGUUGCUCCUGAGCUGGAGGAGCUCCAGCGACUGGGUGCCGCCCAUGGGUUGCAGAUUUGCACGUUCGUCACUGCAGACCCGGAGGACUCGAGCUCCAAGGAGAGUGGGGAUGAAAACGGGGCGACUGAGUCUGGCGAUGAUGUCAAGACUUUCCGGAGUCAACGGCCCGAUGUUGGAUUGGUAGUGCAGGAGUUUGUUAAGAGUGUAUCGCAAGGCUCUGUUCGAGUAUUUGGGAGUGGUCCCCCGGGCAUGAUCUGCGACCUGAGGGCUGCUGUGGCAAAGUGCAAUUCUGGUUCUAAGGUGUGGAAAGGCGAAGAUCGGUUUGAUGUGCAUCUUGUUUGCGAUGACCGUUUGGAAUGA